AUGGACGUGAAUUUGGUGAGGAGGUUGGAAGCGGCGGUGGCUCGGCUGGAGGCGGCGGAGGACGAAGGCGGCGAUGCGUUCGCGGCGGACCCGUCAAUUGCGGCGUUAGACGAUGUGAUUUCUCAGAGCGUCGGUCGAGUCACGAGCGCCGCGGAGAAGAUCGGUGGACAGGUGAUGGACGUGUCUAACGUUAUCUCUGAAGCUUUCAAUGUGCAGAGUGGGAUUCUUGGAUUUUGUGAUGUUCUAAUAUCCAAAGAUGCCAUUGAUGAGGGAAGGCGAACUGAUUUCUUCAUUCACUUAAAGACCGGUGCAGAUAGUUUGGCUGCUUUGGCGUGGAUUGCUUACACAGGAAAAGACUGUGGUAUGAGUAUGCCUAUUGCACAUGUUGAGGAAUGCUGGCAGACGGCCGAGUUUUAUUGUAACAAGGUAGGUUUCUGA